AUGAAGUUUGCGGGUACUCCAUUUGAAAAACGUUUGCGCCGAUUCAUCGCAAAAAACAAGCAUUUGAUAAAAGUCAGGUUUUCACAAAGAGGAUUCUGCAAAGUUUGUCACAUGUUGAAGGACCAUUCUGAAUGUUAUGCCAUUGGUUCCAAGAGAAUUCGAAUGAUGAUCAUGAUUGUGGAUGCAUUCUGCGUGGCACUCACUCAAUCGAUCAAGCAAUGUAUUAUGAAACCAUUAAUAAUAUGCUCACAUGUUAUUCACAUCGCAAGGAGACGAUUGACAACAUUUUCGAACAUUUGGGAAUCAGUGGUAUUCAGGAGUUGUUUAGGUGCCACAACAUUCGAUGGGUAUUUUGGUGGACAUUGCGAGGAACUUCGAUUCUAA